UAAACGAUCGAACGUUUCAGCGAAACGGUGUGUUAAAUGACGAGGUGGUCCAGGAGGUGGAGGUGGUGGCGGCCCGGUAAUACGUGGUAAAACGUUCGGGGCGAGAGAGAUUCGGGGAAGGACAGGGUCGCCACCGCACGGGGAAGAAGCGACAGCGGCGUGGCAGAUGAGAUGUGAAGCACGAGGACUACGCGGCGUGGAGCUGGCGGGAGCGAAGGCGGAAGUUGAGAAGCCGAAGCUGCCGAAGGCGGUCGCAGGGGCGGCGGCAGCUCGAGGGGGCACCUGGCGGGGGCCGCCUGAGAUGACGACCCUGCGACGGGGUAUCGUGGCACCCCGGUACAAUACUUACGUUCUGGUUUCGUUGAUCGGACUGUUGCUUCAGACCCAGUCUGCAACUGGCGGUAUAUGCUGGUCUUCCAUUAGCAACGGUCGUUGUAAGGAAUUAUUGUCACAAGGAGUGACAAAGGAAGAUUGUUGCGCGUCGAACGCUGCAGCAGCGACCGCGUACUCGGAGGAAGAUCUCGAUAGCGGAAGUCUCUUUUUUUGGAGGGUGCUUGGUGGAGGUGUGCAGUGUCGUCCUUGCAGAGAAAGCUGCACGGAAGUAAGGUGUGAGGAGGGGAAGAAGUGCGUGGUGCGUAGAGGAAGACCAAGGUGUGUGUGCAGCCCUGAGUGCAAGGCACCAAGAGGCGGUGGUCCAGUCUGCGGGACGGACGGCAAAAGCUACAAAAAUUUGUGCAGACUGAAGAAACGCGCUUGCAAGAAAGGAAGCCACGAACUAGCGGUUGCCUAUAACGGCCACUGCCAAAGUUCGUGCGCACGGGUCCGGUGCGGCCAAGGCCGGAGCUGCCUGCUGGACCAGAACCUGAGCCCGCACUGCGUGAGGUGCGCCCGCAGGUGCCCCCAGCCGCCCCCGCAACAACGAGCCGCCGCACGCCCCGUUUGCGGGGCCGACGGAAACACAUACAAGAGUGCCUGCCACCUGCGACUUGCCGCCUGCCGCGCAGGUCGCGCCAUUCCCGUCGCCUAUAAGGGCCACUGCAAACAGAACGCAGACUGUACCACGAUUCGUUGUCGCGAGGGGCAGACGUGUCUGUCGGAGAUGAAGUCGGGCCGGCCACGUUGCGUGACCUGCACCUAUCGUUGUCCCCGGAAGAGGGAGCGCGUCCGGAACCGGACACACCGUGAUCGAGACCCAUCGGCGACCAUGUUGUGCGCCACCAACAAUAUCACCUAUCCAAGCUGGUGUCACAUCGUCAAGGACGCCUGCGUUACCGGCUUCGUCCUCGAGACGCGACACGCCGGCCCCUGCAACGCCUACGACACCUCUCCUCUCUAUAUCGAGGAGGACAACACCUCGAGCAACUAUGGCGUCGAUCUGGCGGACGAGGACGCGAGAUUCGAGGACACGGAUUCCCUAUCGUACAACGGCCAGACCCAUCGCUCUUUGGCGUUGUCGUAUUAUACUUGGGAGAUAUCAGAAAACUUUGCUAAGACAGGGCAUUCAAAUAAUUGGGCAGUAUUGGUCGAUACUUCACGAUUUUGGUUUAAUUAUCGACAUGUAGCAAACGUAUUAUCCAUUUAUAGAAGUGUUAAACGUUUAGGUAUACCAGAUUCACAAAUUAUUCUAAUGAUAGCAGAUGACAUGGCAUGCAAUCCAAGGAAUCCCAGACCAGCUACAGUUUUCAAUAAUAUCAGACAACAUAUUAAUGUUUAUGGAGAUGAUGUAGAAGUAGAUUAUAGAGGAUAUGAAGUUACUGUAGAAAAUUUUGUGAGAUUAUUAACUGGGCGAUUAGCACCAGAAACACCAAGAUCCAAAAAACUAUUAACGGAUGAAGGAUCUAAUAUUUUAAUUUAUCUUACUGGUCAUGGUGGAAAUGGAUUCUUAAAAUUUCAAGAUUCUGAAGAAAUUACUAGUAAAGAACUUGCAGAUGCAUUAGAACAAAUGUGGCAGAAAAGAAGAUAUCAUGAAAUUUUAUUUAUUGUUGAUACUUGUCAAGCAAGUUCAAUGUAUGAGAAAUUUUAUUCUCCAAAUAUUCUUGCAGUUGCAUCUAGUCUAGUAGGCGAAGAUUCACUUUCUCAUCAUUUGGAUCCUGCCAUUGGCGUUUACAUUAUAGAUAGAUAUACAUAUUAUGCAUUGGACUUCUUAGAAAAAGUAGAACCAUCUAGUUCCAAAACAUUGGGAGAAUUUCUCAAAGUAUGUCCUAAGCAUUAUUGCUUAUCAACAGUAGGAGUAAGAAAAGAUUUAUUUAGAAGGGAUCCUAAUAAAGUACCAGUCACAGAUUUCUUUGGAUCAUUGAGACCUGUAGAAUUAACCACGAGUAUAAUGACUGUUUUGCCCGUGAAAAUAAAUAAGACAAAAACAAUCGAACCGGAAAGAAAAUAUUCUUAUGUUCCACAAUUUCCAGAUGUAUCAAAAUUUACGUGGCAGAUGCGUUUCUGUGGUAUCUACUUGAUAGUUAUUUUUACUCUCUGCACACCGUCCUCGUCGUUCAAGCUAAAAACGAAUUAUAUCGAAGUGUACGACAUUGGCGACAAUACCUUAAAGCAGUUACCUCCUCAAGAUCCUGCAGUUCAUUCUUUUCCAACGAUAUCUACUGUUCCACUUAUCCCUACAUGUAUAAAAGAAGGAUAUUUCAGGGAUCCUUUCAACUGCAAAAAAUUUUACUAUUGUCAAUACGUGAACGCAGUUCCAAAGGGUUUCUACUGUCGAAGUGAUUUGAUAUUUAAUACGAUUACCGAUCAGUGUGAUAAACCUAACUUUGUAGAUUGUUGAUUAAUAUUGUAUUCGUUAGAAAAAUUUGUAGUACAAAUA